AUGUCCAUUGGCUUUGCAAUCCUCGGUGCUCUACGACGUACAAUCGACAGCGGCCUCUUACGACUAUACCGCUACCGUCGGGUCCCUCUCUACUUUUUCGCAGUCGGAGCUUCGGGCUCCCUCUUCCGAGAAUAUCUCUUCACAAUCGAUGGCGCAACAGGUCCAUCGAUGUACGCGACCAUUCCAGACGCCGCGAACUUCUUGUGUGUAAAUCGGAUGUAUGGGAAGGGUCACGGAAUCAAAGUCGGAGAUGUGGUACAGAUUGCGUCUCCUAUUUUCCCGAAACAGUAUAAUGGCAAGAGAGUCAUAGCUUUGCCAGGGGAUUACGUGCUACGAAGCAAGAGCUACAAUGUGGCGCCUGGUGGUGCGCCUGUACCCGGCAUUACCGACUGGAAGCAGAGGAUCGAGGAAGAGAAGGUGGCAGCUGGCCAGGCAGUCGCAUCAAGUGCUGGGCCCGUGGAACUGAUGAAGAGUCUGGCUGAGGACUCACACGAAGAAGAGGAGUGGGACGAACCUGAGAUGAUACAGAUACCCGAGGGCCACGUAUGGGUGGAGGGAGACAAUCUGGCUUGGUCGAGGGACAGCAGAUUCUUUGGACCACUGCCUAUGGCUUUGAUCAAAGGUCGAAGCUCGUGGUUUGCCGACGGGUUGUUCUCUUUCUCUUCGUUGAAGCCUGGGAGAGGCCUUAGAAAGAUUGAAAAGGAAGAGCUCGAUGCUGUACUAGGGGUAGACGUCGUAAGUGAGGCUGAGUGA